UCCUCCAUCACUUAUUUGAUUUGAUUAUGUGUAUUAUAGAGAAUGGUUCUCAAUUGAACUGAUUGUUUAAUAUACCUAUGUUCAGAAUGGUAAAAAAUAUGGUUGGAUUAUUUUUAAUUUUUUAUGUGGUUUUCUCCUCUGCUCAGAGCCCUGGAUCGAAUGAAAAAUAUUUUGAGCAGAAAUUAGAUCAUUUCAAUGCGGAUAAUAAGGAUUCAUGGCAACAGCGUUACUGGCACGACCAUUCGCACUAUCGAGAAAAUGGAAGGGCGAUUUUAUUCGUACAUGGAGCUUAUACAACAUCAAAUAUCGCUUAUAUUGACAAAAAUUUCAUAAUCCCUCUGGCGAAAAAUCUAAACGCCACACGAUUUUAUUUGGAACAUCGCUUUUAUGGAGAAAGCAAACCAAAAAGCGACACGAGCCUGAAGAGUUUGGUUUACCUGAGCAGCCAACAAGCUCUGGAAGAUAUUGCUUUUUUCAUCGAAAAAAUUCCAGAGCAAUACGAUUUCGCGAGAAGUAUUAAAUGGGUGGUGAUUGGAGUAUCCUAUGGAGGCACUUUGGCUACUUGGGCUCGUUUUCAAUACCCCGAGAAAAUCUUGAGUGCGGUUGCCAUCAAUGCACCUCUCUUGGCUAAGGUCGAUUAUGGAGAAUAUUACGAAAAUGUGGUAAAUUCGUUGAAUAAAUGCAAUCCGAAAUGUGUCGAGAGAAUCGCAGAGGCUAAUCGAGAACUCAAAAAAGCAAUUGAAAAUGAAAAGGGUCGUAAAGAUGUCACUGAAAUGUUCAACUUAUGUACCGGUUUGACCGGAAAUUCAGAUGAGGUUUCGUCACUUUUUGCUGAAUUGGCUGAAAAUUUUGCUCACGGGGUGGAUUUUAAUGGAAUGAGAAAAAUUACACCGAAAAAGUGUUCUUUUUCAGAACUUUGCAAUAUUAUGCUCAAACCUAACAUUGCUGCUCUGAACGCGUACGCAGAAGUAAAUAAAAUAGUCAAGUCAGAGCUGAACCCGGAGCAGAAAUGUUUCGAUCAUCUUUCCAAAAAUAUGAUGGAAAAAUUAAAACGAAAUGAUUAUGAAGACACAUCGAAAAUUAGUAAACAAUGGAUUUACCAAACGUGCACUGAAUUUGGCUUCUUCCAAAGUUCCAGCAAAACAUCAGCAAUUUUCGGUGAUCAUUUUCCGGCGACAUUUCUUGCCAAAAGAUGUAAAGAAUUGUUCGGACCUGAGUUCAAUAUUGCUUACAUCGAAGGAAAAGUUUCCAACACUAAUGAAAGAUUCAAAGGAUUAGAUAUUAAUGUUACUAACACUAUAUUUGUUUACAAUACCGAAGAUCCCUGGCGUAAUUUAUUUAUUACGAACAAUAAAACAGGAUUUUACAGAACGUAUAAAAUAGAAACGUACUCCUGCCUCAAUAAGCAGAACGCAGUUCAUUUACACGGACACAAAGGAUACGAAAUUUUUUCAUUCGAGGACGAUGGCUUUCUUAAAAACAUGGAAAAAAAAUUAGGUUGCAUCGUAAAUGAUGGUAGUGAUUGCUUAGCUAAAUAAGAAUCGUGCAAAUAAUUCGACGGAUUACAUAUUCAGAACACAAAAAUAUUUAUUAGGACAAAAAUAGCAAAUAUCACAUAAGUAUAAAACAUAUCCAACCAGUACCACAUCAUCGGUUCGCGUCACUUCGGACCAAUCAUCGACUUAUCUGAAUAUAACACACGUUUAUAAAUAAUUUAUUAUUAUACAUACACAAAGAGAAAAAAAAUAAAUUGGUAUACUGAGCAGGUUAAA